GUCGUCCUGUACUCGACGCUGUGAAAACUAAACCGUCGCAGGAUGAACGCGUCGUCCACCAACGUGACCGUGGUCAUCGAGUAUCGAGACUCGUUCGCCAAAGCCUUGACCAAGAACGUGAUCGUCGUGGUUCUGAGCAUCUCCAUCAACUACAUCAACGCCGGCCUCAUUCACACCUUCUGCAAACACCAGAUCUUCUACACAAAUCCUCGAUAUGUGUUGUUCUUUCACCUGGUGGUCAACGACAUGAUCCAAGUGACGCUGACCGUCAUCCUGUUCAUCGUCAGCUAUACCGUCUACAAGUUCAGCGUCUCCAUCUGCUGCACCUUCAUCCUGAUCGCUCUGUUUGCCACUGAAAACACUCCUCUGAACCUGGCCUGCAUGGCGGUGGAGUGCUACAUCGCCAUCUGCUUCCCCCUCCGCCAUGUGCAGGUCUGCACUGUCAGGAGAACCUGGAUGAUGAUCGGUUUGAUCUGGGCGACCAGCAUGUUGUCCGUGCUCCCUGACCUCUUCAUCACCUUGGCCACGGAGCCUCUGGACUUCUUCCACUCGCGAGUGUUCUGCCUCCGAGAAACCGCGUUUAGAAACCCCCACAUCCUUAAGAAGAGGGACAUCACGUACAUCAUGUACCUGGUGAUGGUUUGGCUCGUCAUCUUUUACACCUACUUCAGGAUUCUGUUUACAGCAACGUCAGCGAGUAAGGACGCGAAGAAAGCCAGAAACACGAUCGUCCUCCACGGGUUUCAGGUGCUGCUGUGCAUGACAACAUACGCAGAACCUCUGCUGAAGAACGCUCUGCUGCUGUGGUUCCCCAAGAACUACACGGACUCUCUCUUUGCCAUGUACGUCAUAAUACAGAUGCUGCCGCGAUCCAUCAGUCCGAUCAUCUACGGCGUGCGAGACAAAACGUUCAGGGGGUAUCUGAAAAGGUACAUUCUGUGUAAAGUCAGCACUUCUUAAGGCAAAGGUCUGCUCUGCAGAGCUCCCCCUACUGUUUAGGAGUACAUAUCGGUUUAUAGCAAAACCCCUGUUUAACUCUUGUUCUCUACUCAACAUCCAUGACAGUGACUGUAAUCAUGUACAUCAACAUAUGGCGCUUUUCCACUACACAGUUUCAGCAUGACUCUACUUGACUCUAGUUUUUUUUUACUUUUCCAUCAGUGAUAGUACCUGGUUUUUUUUUU